AUGUCACCCAACAGCUAUCUACCUGAUGAGAUAUUGCUGGAGAUUGUAUCUCACAUCGAGAGGUGGAAUGUCCGCGAAAGGCAGGCUUCGCUUGCAAGGUUCUGUGCUGUGAACAGGCAAUGUUAUGAUGUUGCCAUCCGACCACUGUACCAAUCACCCUAUCUCUCAGGCCGCGCCUACGAACUCUUCGUGCGCACAAUCUGUCCCUCAGUACUUGCACACAUAAAGCCAACAUCCCUCUCCUCCCUCGUCCAGACCUUAGACCUGUCAACCAUCGUUCACCAAGGCACAAAAUCCACCACCGCACGGCUCUUAAACCGCACAAAGGCCUCUCUGACUACCUUCAUCGCACCGCAAGCUUCUUUUGCCAUAAAUUGCUGGGCGUCCCUGUCAAAAUGCACACAUCUGCGUGUUCUGGACCUCUCCCUCGUCAGCGAGCAAAUCAACUUUCAAUCCCUGAACCAGACGCUCCGCCGACUCAGUGAUUUGCGCGAACUUUGUCUACCGCGGUGCAGUUCAAACUACGAGGAAGGCAGCGGGACAUUGAACGUACGCUGGCCGCCACGGCUAGAACGCCUAGCCUUGAGCGGCAGCGUGAGCGGGAAAUUCCUCUGGGACAUUCUGCGCCAGCCCGAAGCCUUCCCCCCAUUCUUCUACUCCCUCGGCAUCCUGCACUGCCCCGGCCUCGACCACAUCAGCAUCCGCCAGCUCACCUCCAGUCUCGCCGCCAGCCUCACUACCCUCGAACUCCGCAACCUACCUGCCAUCAAACAGGGCCGCUUCAACGCCGUCCUCGAUUGGUGUCCCCGGCUCCAAAACCUCACCAUCGCCCUCGAUUACAUCGACACCCGCUUCGGCCAUAUGCCCCCUUCCUUCUCCGCACACACCCACUGGCAUCUCGCUCGCCCGCUGCAACACCUCACCCUCCUCACCUCGGGCAAGUCUGGUGACCCAGAUCGCAGCUUCACCGCAGACGACCUGUACACGCUAAUUGACGAGCGCUUCCUCGGUCGCCUGCGCUGGCUGCACAUUGCGCGCAGCACCGAGUGGGAGGCUGAGAACGAGGGCGCCGAAGUCGCCGCCCUCGAACACUUGUUGUGUGCCGAGCUGGAUAGGGAGAAUUGGGAGCUCAGGCGCUGGCAUUACGAGGGCUUGGCGGGCGUGCCGGAGGGAAUGGGGUAUGAGCAGUGGAUUGAGGAGACGGGCAUGGGGAGGCGCAUGAGGCCACAUUUGAAGAUCUUGACAAAUCGUUGA